CAUAGCUAAAGUCAAUAUUAGCUGUUGUAUCUGCUACAACUUUGCACCAGGCUUAGUAGGAAAACCUCUGACAGCAGCAAGAGCAAGUCCAGGAUGGCUUCUGAAACCUGAAAGGCAUAUCUGUUCUGCCUGGAAUAAUUGCAGGAGUACAUUAGCUACAGCUGUCUUUUUGUAUUAAUGGCUUAUAGAAUAUAUGAAGAUCACUUUGCCUUUUUUUCCCCCAGUAGGAAAUUCAGCAGAUUGAAUUCCCUUAUAGGGAAGAAAGCUGAUGGUAAAUUACCAUUGUUAAUGGUUGAUCGAUAGUGAAGAAACCUGCUUGAGGCUGUUUCUCUUCAGCAGGUAUUUAGUUUCUUUGAGGGAGCUUUACAAGAGGAUUUGUAGCUAAGAAAAUGUGUGGAGGUACACCAAAAACUGCAAAUGGCACCUGGGGACAAAUAGAAAGAGCAAGAAACAACGAAGUGCCACUUGGAAAUAAUCUCUCUUGUACCAAAUUGGAUGAAAGAAUUAGGAAGUCUUUGAGAGAUGAAAGUGUCAGCUGUGCGAACAAAGUGACUAGACUACUGCAAAACAGCUGGUCCUCAUCGGAGUUUGACUUGAAUGAAAUCCGCCUGAUAGUUUACCAAGACUGUGAGAGGAGAGGCAGACAGGUCUUAUUUGAUUCCAAAGCAAUCCGCAAAAUUGAUGAAGGUGUGGUUCAGAAAAUGGCAGACGAGGCUUCUGUAAGGGCUUCUGCUAAGAACUGCCAAGCAAGCAAUGGGAACAACAAUGUUUCUUCCCAUAGUCCCUCUAUAAGCUGCAUGCAAAGUAUCAAAGAACAGAUACCGAAGUAUCAGUACACCAGACCAGCCUCUGAUGUCAAUAUGCUGGGAGAAAUGAUGUUUGGCUCAGUGGCAAUGAGUUACAAAGGCUCCACCUUGAAAAUCCACUACAUACGCUCUCCCCCACAGCUGAUGAUAAGUAAAGUCUUCUCAGCCAGGGUAGGAAGCUUCAGUGGAAGCAACAAUAACUUGCAAGAUAGCUUUGAAUACAUCAACCAAGAUCCCAGCCUGGGAAAGCUGAGCUCCAAUCAGAAUGGUUUGGGAACCUGUCGCAGUGGAAGUAAUUUAGGUGUGUUACAGCUGUGUAGCAGCAAACUGCUGCAGGGUGUGUCUGAAGGAGGUCCCCUCCGGCUCAUCCGCAGUGCUUCUUUCUUUGCAGCACACAGCACACCUGUUGAUAUGCCUAGCAGAGGACAAAAUGAGGACAGAGACAGUGGCAUUGCUCGGUCAGCAUCUCUGAGCAGUCUUCUGGUUACUCCUUUUCCAUCUCCAAGCUCUUCAUCAUCAUCUUCUAGCAGCUACCAACGUCGCUGGCUCCGAAGUCAGACAACCAGUUUAGAGAAUGGAAUUAUUCCAAGGUGGUCCACUGAAGAAAUGUUUAGUAUGGCUGAUGAAAGCUGCAGUUCCAAUCCUGCAAUGGUUCGGAGGAAAAAAAUUGCAAUCAGCAUAAUCUUUUCUCUGCCUGAAAAAGAAGAAGCACAGAGAAACUUCCAGGAUUUCUUUUUCUCUCACUUUCCUCUUUUUGAGUCUCACAUGAACAAGCUGAAAUAUGCAAUAGAAAAGGCCAUGAUCUCAUGUAGAAAAAUAGCAGAAUCCAGCCAGAGAGUGCAGGUUUAUAUCAGCCGUGUCAUGGAUGCCCUGGGAGAAUUCAGAGUUACCAUCUGGAAUCUGUAUUCUGUUCCAAGGAUUGCAGAGCCUGUGUGGCUUAAUAUGAUGUCCAGCACCCUAGAAAAGAAUCAGCUAUGCCAGCGUUUUCUUAAAGAAUUUACAUUUCUGAUAGAACAGAUCAACAAAAAUCAGUUCUUUGCUGCUUUGUUGACUGCAGUACUGACAUAUCACCUGGCUUGGGUCCCAACAGUGAUGCCAGUUGACCAUCCUCCCAUCAAGGCCUUCUCUGAGAAGCGCACAUCCCAGUCUGUGAACAUGCUGGCAAAAUCCCAUCCCUAUAACCCUCUCUGGGCACAGCUGGGUGAUCUCUAUGGUGCCAUAGGCUCUCCAGUUAGGUUGACUCGAACUGUUAUUGUUGGGAAGCGCAAGGAGUUGGUGCAGCGCUUGCUCUAUGUUCUAACUUACUUCAUCCGGUGCUCUGAGCUGCAGGAAAAUCAGCUGACAUGGAGUGAGAAGGCUGGGGAAGGAGAGCAGGUGCUAAAUGGAAGCAAGAUCACAACUGCACUAGAAAAGGGAGAGGUAGAGGAAUCUGAUUAUGUGGUUGUCACUGUUAAAAAUGAACCUGCUCUUGUGCCUCCAGUCCUACCUCCAAAGAAUGAUGGAAGUAAGAACAACAGUACUGCAGAGUGGGUGCAUGAACCAGAAAGCACUCAGGCUGUCCCAGUCACCUCAAAAGAAAAGAGGGAAGCAGUAGGAAAGGCCAGUCAGACCUCUGAAACAUCUGUUGACUGUCUAACUAGCAGUUUCUGUAAAGGAGUUGCUGAUGGUAGGAAAAGAGCUGUCACUGAUACAGGAAUCGUAACCUACCACUCUGAAGAAUCAUCUAAAUUAGAGGAUGUAAUGGAUGUAAAGAAGAAAAAGAACCAGAAUGAGAGAAAAGUGGAAAAGCAGUUUUCUAGUAGGUCAUCUGCCCUGCCUUGUCCUGAAAGGUCUGGCCACAGGAGUUCACAGUUAGAAAAGGUCACUUUUCAGAUUGGAAGUUCAGCAUCACCAGAGUCAGACUUAGAAACUCAUAGAAGAGAAAUGGAAGAAAAUCUGAAGGCAUUAAUUAAAAAUCCAGAGGUGAUACAUUGUGCCUCAAGUUCCACAAAUCUGACUGUGGAUGCUGCUCAGAAUCAAGAAGACAGUUGUGAAGCUGCCUUUAUACCCAUCAGUAAACAUAAUGUUUGUUAUGCACAAAUCCCACCGUGUGAGGAGAAGGAAAAUAUACUUAACCAACAUAUGGAAAGUAAAGGAACUGAAGUGAAUCUAAUUAACUCAAUAUCUAGUGAACUGCUUUUGCCCAUGGAUAACACAGAGACUGUAAAAUUGCCAAACAUUAAAGAAAAUAGAACUUUAUGCUCUGGCAAUCUGGAGAACUAUUCUUCUGACUGUGUAGAAGCAGAUUCUGCUGUCAAACAGGAUUCCCCUAAAGUAGGUGCUAAAGAUGUCCCCUAUGGGGAUUCUAGAAGGAAAACCUCCUUCAGAGUUGAAGGGGACAUUCCAAGGAAUGAGAGUUCAGACAGUGCUCUUGGGGCUAGUGAUGAAGAAGGUGAUUGUUGUAUCCCUGAUGAAGUACAUCAUGAUAACAUCAACAAACGACUUGAAGAAUUUGCAGAAGUGGAACUUCCUUUGCCAAGGUCAAAUACCAUCAGCAGUCAAUGUGUGAAAAACUUUGGAAGAUCACUUCUGGGUGGUUACUGUCAUACGUAUAUACCUGAUCUAGUACUGCAUGGAAUAAAUAAUGAUGAAAAACUCAAGCAGUGUCUACUAGCGGAUCUACUUCAUGCAAUGCAUCAUCCAGUGCUAGAUGAGCCCAUAGCAGAAGCUGUCUGCAUUAUUGCAGACACAGAUAAAUGGAAUGUACAAGUAGCUACAAGCCAGAGAAAGAUGAUGGACAGUGUGAAGUUAGGCAAGGAUGUUCUGGUUUCGAGUCAAGUAUCCAGUCUGUUGCAGUCUAUUUUGCAGCUUUACAAACUCAACGUCCCAGCUGACUUCAUGCCUUGAGAAAUUCUCUAGGAAUCCCGUGUAAUGACUGCACCAGCAGAUGGAAGAGGAAGAUAGAGCUAAACACCAACAGCUCUAAAUAGUAUUGGUUGGCACUGCUUUGGUUUAAAUUGGUGGUAUUGAUUGCACUAAGUUCUUCAAGUCAAGUGCUAGGCAAAAUAUGUGGGUACAUUUUUGAGUGUUUUCUCUGGAUUCUUCUAGGCACUGAAAAAUAUGCAACUUUGGUUGAAAUUGUAUCCUAACACUAGCACAAACACACCUUAAAUCCUGGCAUUUUUAAACUGAGUAGUUGAUUUUGCAACUGAAGUGUUUUUUCCAUUGUUACCUUCAGAUUUGUAUAUGCUGUUUCUAUAUGGUUUGUGUGGUUUGGGAGGUGUCUGGAGGCAGAAUGAUUUUCAUGGGUUUUUAUUUCCUUUUUCUUACAAAAAUGAUAGUGCUAGUAGUUUGUAAAUUUUUCAUAAUUUGUGUUAGAGACCUUUUGAUCCCUCUGUCAGGGAAUUUUGCAACUCUGCUGAAACAAUGUCAGUGCAUGGAAGCAAAGUGUUCCUAAACUCUAGGAGAUGUGUGACUUUUUCACAGUAGUAUUUCUAUUGAUUUAAAUUUGAAUAGAAACAUAUUUAUUGAUGUACUCAUAUCAAUCCCAGGGGACCACAGUGCCAUAUGUUUGAAGUCUCCUUUAGGAGUGCAUGUCUCUUUACAUGCAGUUACUGUUCAGAUGAAUAAGUAUUUUUGGGGUUUUGUGGUACUAACAAAAAAGAACCCAAUUUGAGUCCAGAUGAAAGGCAAGUGGUGAUAUCUUGGUUGUACCACUUCAGACUGGUAGUUGUGCUGCAGAGAGCUUUGCAGUAUGUCCUGGUGAGAGGAAAGUGCUGAUUGCAACUGCUGCAUUUCAGCAAAAUGUCAAAAGUUUUACCUGCACCUUUAAACUUAGUUUAAGCUACUCUUCUAUUUUUGGAAGUUACUUUACUUUCUUUCCACUUGGUCAAUGAGAAACUGCAGGGGAAGCUAAUAUAUAAAAAAGACUUGCAAACACUGAACAAGAUGGGUUAAUGUAGCAAGCUGUGGAGAGAAAUGUCUUUUGAUUCUUUGCUGGUAUUCAGAAGGAAUAGAUCAUAUGAUGUAAACAACCCUUCUUUUAAAAUAAUGUGGGAUUCUUUCUUACUUCUUCCCUCAUAACUUAAAAAAAAAAAAUCCAUAGUCUUUAACACAAAUACUGGAAUUGAAUUGAACUGCUGCUUUGUCAAUCAGCUGCAUGCCCUCCUGAACAGCUGAGAACGUGCUCAUAGGCUUUUUGCAUGAGGGUUACCUGUUAUGGAAAAGAUUGGAGCGCUUGCUUCCCUUUUGGCCAGAAUCAUAAGUGUUAUGAUCAUAAUUAGUUGAGUGAAAAUUUGCUUGAAGCAAAUUGAUCAAACUAUUGUCAAAAACCUUCUGCCUUUCCUCUACUGGUGGCAAUGACUUUCCUCUACUACCAUGUAGCACGUUUUUUAAAAUGCUUCUUUAUUUUCCAUUGUUAAGACUCAAUAUUAGCUCAUUGAAAGAAUAAUUAAACAUCUUCAUCUUGCUCCAGAUGAUCAGAAAAAUACAUAUUAGGCUACCUACAAGCCUGAGUCUUUUGUUUCUCAUUAGCUUUUUAAUUAAACCUGGUCUGACUUCUAAUGCUUAGGGCUUUCAUUUAACUCCAGUACAUGGAAUGUUGGCCUGAAGAUAUUUGCUGCUACUGUUUCAAAUUGCUGUCUGUGCCUGCUGGAUGAUUAUAUGUUUGAUAAUAUGAGGUUCUGCAUGUGCUUCCUGAUUUCAGAGAGCUGAACUAAUUUAAAUUUUUUGAAGUGGUCAUCCCUGUGAAAAGAAGGAAUAUAUCAAAUUGAAUGUACCUUUGUCCUAGAACAAAAUACCUUAUAAGACUUCCUAUCUACUCAGAAUGUGAAGACAUGCUGCCUGCUGACCUUGUCUUGCCAGAAUAGCUAGCCUCUCUCUCUCCUUGAAGCCAAGGUUCAUCUGCUCUCUUGUAGCUGGUAUAUGAGAAAUUGCCAUGAAUCACAUGGCUGUACUUAAAAAUAAUAUGCAUUUCUAGCAUUCCACUACUGGAAGAAAAGUGGAAUGAUUGAGCUUUCGACUUGAACUAUUGCAUUUUGGCAAUCAGCAUCAAGUGUUUAAGCAAUUUUAAACUAGAAGUAUUUAGGAAUUACGACAACAAAUGCCUAAAGUGGAUUUGGAACUUAGCUGCUACAGGAAAGCAGUCAGCAAAGGAGUUAGAAUUCUGUGAUGAAUAAGGUACUGGUGUCUUCCACAUCUUGAGUCUUAGUUUCUUGAACAGCACUAGAACCUUAGAGCUAGAAUGAUAAUUUUAGAAACUGUUGUCUAAACCAAGUCUUUCAGAAAAAUAGGACUGACUUAUAACAAAGACAUCUUGAUCCAAGAAUUCUGCCUUAACUCUUACUAAGAUAUCUUGAGUCAUUUUGAAUGUCAUUAAAACUUUAAGUCAGCAGAAAUGCAGUGACUUGAGUGGAAAUAGGGGUGCAGUUUGUGCAACAAACUUGCUGCCCAAGAGAGCUGGAAUGCCCCAGUUCUCUGAGGGGUUUCCUCUUUGUGGGGUAGUGUAACCUUUUAAUAUUUAUAGCACAAUUGUAAUAAAUCCAACUGCCUCUUCUAGAUUUUGGAGUGGAGACUUAGUUUAUCUUCUAAGAUAGCAGGUAAAGUGAUGUGCUUACAUUUCUAUAAUAUUUGCAUGCAAUUGCAAAAGUUGUUCUGAGGUUUUUGGUCUGUAU